AUGGCAUCUGACAAGAUACACGACAUAGAAUCUGAGAGUCUCCUCCCCAGCUCGACAACCCAGUCUCCGAAGCACGCGCCACAAUCACCAGCUGCCCGGAUUCUCCUCUGGACGUCGUGCUCGCUAAACAUCCUCUUCUUCGUUCUCAGCAUCUUCGUCUUUGUACACUGGACCGGGAACAAUCAAGCCAUACAAUCAUCGUACGAGACGGGAUUCAAAUCAGAUCUCGACCCGGUCAAGUCUGAAGUCAGAGUAAUCCAGACCACGUACACGGGCGGUGUAGAAGUCGACGAAGAUGGGCACUUCUUCACGACCCACUCCGCAAAUCAAUACGUUGGCAAACCGAGUCCUGACAUCGACAUUGCGUGGAGCAAGCUGCUGAGAGGCUUGAACAUCGACCUAGACCCUACAUCUUCAAAUCUGCAGGGGAGGACUUUCGCGUGGCCAGAGUCCGGCUUUGCGUUCACUGGUCUCGAGGUCUACCACUCUCUGCAUUGUCUGAACCGUCUCCGUCAAGCGCUGUACCCCGAUUAUUACGAUAUGUUUAGCAAUCCGAAUGAUCCGGAUCGAGAAGACCAUAUAGGGCACUGCAUCAAUCACCUCCGCCUGGCGAUCCAGUGUCACGCCGACCUCACGCCGAUGGAGUGGAAACUAAGUGGCAAUAAAGUCGUGCUUAAUACAGCAACGCAGCAUACGUGUAGGGACUUUGAGAAGAUCGAUGCUUGGGCGGUAGAGCGGAGGACGAGGUUUGAAGAUAUAGAAAGUGUGAAGAAUGGUAGUCUCAUUGUGGUGGAUUGA